CCUUUCUCACCUUUUCCUUGUCUGCAGCUUCAGGAGUUUCCCUUGUUGCUAUACUUUCUUCUCUCGAUUAGGAAGCUCUAACGUAGAGCUUCAGAAUUGCUUGGACCUGCUCAUUGAGCGCUAAUCGGAUGUAUAACCCUUUAGUCGCGCAAACAGCACUUUGUCCCAUUCGACCUCUUCUCUUUGACUCUCUCCUUCGCUGCGAAUUCACGCAUUCCACAGUAGACUGCCAUGGCGCGCAAUCGUAGCCCGUCGCCGGACAUGAACUCGCGGCUGUCUGGUUCACCAGCACCAAUGAGCCAAUCGAAGCGCGACAAGAGACGGGCGAUGCUUUCAGAGCGUCUCCAAGAGAUGGUGUCGUCCUUCAGCGCUAACCUUCGCCCACAUUAUGAGGCCCAAGCCAAUGCCAUCCAGGUUGAUAUUAAUCUCAUACAUCGGGCAAACCCAUAUCAAAACAAACCUCUCCCAGAUAGUCCGGAUGAUAUCGCCAAUCUCAUCCGUGAGACAGUUGGCGGGAAGAUACCUGCGGAUCCGGCCGCUGAGGCUGACUUUUUGGCCGAUGCUGGCAAAUUGUACACUAAAUUUGUGCACGAGGUCAACGAUGCACUUGAAGAACGUGAUGUGAACUUGACGUUGCUGCAUAACAGGCAUCGAGCCACUAUGGCAGAACUCGAGCAACGAUAUAAUUUUUACGUGCGGAUGGCGCACGAAGAACACAGGAUGCUGGCAAAUACGAUUCGCGAAAGACUGAUCGCCCAACUGACUCGAAAGCGAGAUCGGUUAUUGAAGGAGAAGGACAUGCUGGAUAUUGGUGACAGCAAUGCUUUGCUUCUACAUCCCAACCAAUUCAGCCUCAUAAACCCUUCGAGCCCCGGAAGCGGCCACAAGCGUGCAACAAGGAACACUGGAAGGCGCGGUGGAGACACAGAAGACCAAGCGGAAGGUCGUCGGAAACGCCAACGGCUGUUUGAUGAGCCUGAGGGCCAGUCUCCGGCUCUUGGACCGUCAAGAGCAGACGUCGGGAUUGGAUCCCCGUAUCGCGAUGCCAAAGCCAAGACCGUGUGGCAACAGCAAGAAGCUCCCUUGUACUCGAUUGAGAGACUCUUCACCGAGAAAGAGCUGAGCAUGACCAUGAACACGGCAGCAAUUGCUGCAAGACAUUUCCUGCUCAAACCUCAGGCCAAUGGUCAGGCAAACGGUAAUGGUGUCAAUGGCACACAUGCGGAAGCAGACGAAGGUGUAGAGUCUGGCACCGCCACUGCAAAUGAUGUGGACCAAGAUGAUGACGCUACACCCGCAGCUCCAGGUAUGGAACGUAUCACAAGCACUUCGCAUCAUGCAACAAGAGGCACGACAAAAGCACUACAAGGGCUUUCCUCCUUGAACUCUGGUGAUGUGCCUCUGGGGACAAUCAUACCUACCUAUGUACCGGCCGCUAUAGGCAGCAAAGCUAAUGGUGCACCGGCAAUGGUGUCGCAACUGUCUGCUGCGGAGAUUGAUGCAGAUCUGGCGAUCAUGCUUCGCGAUACUCACGGUGAUGACGAGAUGAAUAAUAAGCUUCUCGAAAGGGCCCUAGGACCACAGCCAACUGCCGAAUAUCAGUAUCGACCUCCAUCGCUGAUGAAUGGCGGCCAGGAGCCUCCUCCACCUUCGCUUCUUGCGCCGGUUCAAACCAUAAGCAUGAGCAGACAGAACAGUCAGCAAGGCAAUGCUGAAGCGCUACCAAUGAGUAGAAGCAAUAGUGCACGCGGUGCCGCUAUGCAAAGGAGUGCUAGUGGAUUGUCAAGGAGAGGAAGAUGAUUGUUCAUGGGAGAGUGAAGAAAUGAAUCUGACGGAUACCCAAUACUUGCGUAUAUCUUAGUAUAUCGUCUUUUGAGAUGAAGUAAAUCAAGUUUCCCUUCUUAUGAUGAA